GUUGGUGAGGAGGAGGGGUGGAGAGGAGAGGAGAAAGGCAUGCGUGUUGGGCAACUGUGACUCUUUGCAACAAGAGUGCUCGGGCCUUGCAACCGUUGUCGAGGUGGGAAGGGGGAGAGGCGCUUUGCUGGGUGUGUCAAGCGUCGCGACCAGGCAUGGGUGCGCUUGGUCCGUGCCUGAGCUGGGUGCUGCUCUUGGGGCUUGGCCUCAUCCAAACAGUGUUGGCAGCCAAGGACUAUAAUCGAGAGCCCGUGUUCAAGUCACGGGCAGAAUGCCGCUUUUUGCAUAUUAUCAACGACUACAAGCCGUCUGGGCUGACUGCCACAGAGUUUGACAUUGUUUUCGAGUCCAUGAGGACGGCUCAGCGCGUGGCCAAGCAAGAGGGGAUUCAAGUUGAUUUUCGCUUCGUUCUUCAAAAGGGCGACCAGCUUUCGGUGGAACGUGAACACCUUCUGGAUGUCAAAGACAUCAGCGAGGCCUUUAAGGACCCAACCACCGGCCGCUAUCUGCCGACACCGGGCGGCAUCUUGGAUGCCGGCAUGGAAGGCACGGACCAUCCGGCCAUCGUCUUCACCAAUCGUGACAUUGGCCUUUACCCGCAGUUUUACGUUGAGUCGUGUGACAUGCUGCGGGUACCCGGCCAGCUGGUGGUCGAAACGACGCGUGUGCUUCUCAAGCUGGAAAAAGCACUCACCGAUUACGAGGCGACCUUGCGUGGGCGUGGCUUUGUGCAUCGCGGCGCUGACUGCUGGGUCAUGGCGCGAGAGGUCAUGCCUGCGUGCUUUCGCGAAGAUCGCCGGCUGGUGGUGGGUUAUCCGCCGUGGGGCGCCCUCCUGCGGCACAUCCUGCAUGACCAUGCCAUGGCACUGCGCUGCGGGCAAGAGGGAGGGUACCGCAUUUAUCGCAGCUCACCUCAGAACCCCGACUACCGCCGAACUUUCCACCUCGAACGGAAUGGAGCCUCUGCGCAAUGGCUCAACUGGCUGCAGGAGGACCGGUUUCUCUAUCGCUAUCUACAGGUGCUGCCCGGGCGCGUGAUGGAGCGUCCACCCAAGCUUUCUUUCAUCGUCGAUCCCAAGGGCAAGUACAAUUGCACCGAGGAUGAUGGCCCCAUGGUAUGGCCCUUGUGCGAUAGCUGCAAACGGCCGUGUGAAGGCUUUUGGGCCAGCUGCCCCACUCCAGACUGCCAGAUGGAAGGACCUAAAUGCCACUUUCCCGAGGCACCAGCCAUUGCCGAAUGCCAGAGCUUCAACAACACAAUGCUGGUGGGCAAGCGAACGCCCAUGCGUGCUUUGCAUCCAAUCACAUUUGCAGAUUAUGAGACCAAGGGCAUUACCGCAUAA